GGUUAGUUUUGGGCCUCGGCAGCCUCCGUCCUCUGCGACACGCGCCCUAAAGCCCUUCGCUUGGCUGUGGCCCAUGACCCGGUCGGGCGCUCUGCACAGUGAGCCAAGGGCCAUACAUGUUUUCUGCAACCUACAGAACAGACCAUGAAGUUGAAGGAACUUGAGAAGCCAGCUGUACAAGCUUGGAGCCCAGCCAGCCAGUACCCUGUGUAUCUGGCCACAGGAACAUCUGCCCAGCAACUAGAUGCUUCCUUUAGCACAAAUGCCACAUUGGAAAUAUUUGAGGUUGAUUUCAGGGACUCCUCUCUGGACUUGAAACACAAAGGAAUUCUUUCUGUCUCAAGCAGGUUUCACAAGCUAAUCUGGGGAAGCUUUGGCAGUGGGCUUCUGGAAAACCCUGGGGUUAUUGCUGGUGGAGGAGACAAUGGCAUGCUUACUCUGUACAGUGCAGCCCACAUCCUUUCUUCAGAGAAGGAGCCCUUGAUUGCCCAGAGACAGAAACACACAGGGGCUGUCAGGGCCCUGGACUUUAAUCCCUUCCAGGGCAAUCUCCUGGCUUCAGGAGCCAGUGAUUCGGAAAUCUUCAUUUGGGAUUUGAACAACCUGAGUGUUCCAAUGAUCCCUGGAUCCAAGUCACAGAAACCCCCAGAAGACAUCAGAGCCCUGUCUUGGAACCGCCAAGUCCAGCACAUUCUGUCUUCUGCUCACCCCAGCGGCAGGGCAGUUGUGUGGGAUCUCAGGAAGAAUGAGCCCAUCAUCAGAGUCAGUGACCACAGCAACAGAAUGAACUGCUCAGGCCUGGCUUGGCACCCAGACAUAGCCACCCAGUUGGUGCUGUGCUCAGAAGACGACCAUCUCCCAGUGAUUCAGCUGUGGGACCUGCGCUUUGCCUCCUCACCCCUGAUGGUGUUAGAAAGUCACAGCAGGGGGAUCUUGUCUAUGUCAUGGAGCCAGGCUGAUGCUGAAUUGCUGCUCAGCAGUGCCAAAGACAACCAGAUCUUUUGCUGGAACCUGGCAAGCAGUGAGGUGGUAUACAAGCUGCCCACACAGAACAGCUGGUGCUUUGAUGUCCAGUGGUGCCCCCAGAACCCUCCCGUGUUCUCUGCUGUCUCCUUCGAUGGCUGGAUCAGUUUGUACUCUGUGAUGGGUAGGAGCUGGGAGGACCAGCUCAUGAGGCAGACUGACAAGAUUUCCCCUUCUUUUAGUAAAGGCCAGCCUCUCCCAGUGAUGCCCGUGCCUGAACAAGUGGCCUCGGCACUAUUGAUGCCUCCCUUGAAGAAGCCUCCUAAGUGGAUGAGAAGGCCAGCAGGCGUUUCAUUCGCUUUUGGGGGAAAGCUGGUUACCUUUGGCCUCCCCAGCAUCCCUGUUGAGCAGUUGCCACAGCCUUGUCCCCGCCCUGUCUACAUCAGUCAAGUCGUCACAGAAUCAGAGUUCCUGACGCGGUCAGUCAUGCUGCAGGAGGCCUUGGGAUCUGGAAGUCUCCUUAAUUAUUGCCAGAGCAAGAUUCAGCAAGCUUCACUGCCAUGUGAAAAGAUGCUCUGGCAGUUCCUGAAGGUGACCUUUGAGCAUGACUCUAGGCUGCAGUUCCUCAGGCUGUUAGGGUUCAGCAAAGAUGAGAUUCAGAAGAAGGUGGACACAUGCUUGAAGAGUGACUUGCAGUUAGGGGGAAGCCCUCAGCUUGAGGCAGUUGACCUCAAAAGGGACAGACCACAUGCCUUCUGCCACCAGGCCUCCAAACACACCACCGAGGAAGCCUCUGCAUCCUCAGCAUUCUUUGAUGAGCUGCUUCCACAGAACAUGACUCCAUGGGAGAUCCCCACCACAGAAGACACUGAUGGACUCCUGAGCCGGGCCCUGCUCCUUGGGGAACUGCGGCCUGCUGUGGAGCUGUGUAUGAAGGAAGAACGCUUUGCUGAUGCCAUCAUCCUGGCCCAGGCUGGGGGAGCAGAGCUGCUGAAGUGGACACAAGAACACUACUUGGCCAAGAGGAGAACCAAAAUCUCUCCGCUUCUAGCCUGUGUUGUAAAGAAGAACUGGAAAGACCUAGUAUGUGCCUGUAGCCUGAAGAACUGGAGAGAAGCCCUGGCCUUGCUACUGACGUAUUCAGGGCCAGAGAAAUUCCCUGAGCUAUGUGAUAUGCUGGGAACUCGAAUGGAGCAGGAGGGAGGCAGGGCACUCGCCUCUGAAGCUAGACUCUGCUACGUGUGCUCGGGAAAUGUGGAGCAGCUAGUAGACAGCUGGGCAAAAUCCCUCCCAAAAGCCUCAUGCCCCAUGGCUCUGCAGGACCUGAUGGAGAAGGUGAUCGUCCUUCGCAGGAGCUUGGAGCUACUGCAGGGUUCUGACAAGAUGAGCCCAGGUCCUGCCACAGCCUACCGGCUUACCCAGUAUGCCGGCCUCCUGGCAGCCCAGGGCAGCCUAGCCACUGCCAUGAGCUUCCUACCCAGUGACUGCAUCCAGCCAGCAGUUCAGCAGCUGAGAGAUCGACUUUUUCAUGCCCAAGGUUCUGCUGUCCUGGGCCAGCAGGCUCCCACUUUCUCUUUUCCCCGGGUUGCUAUAGGGACUACCCUCCACCCAAAAGAGAUAUUAUCAUAUAGUAUGGGAUCCCAGACUCUUCACCAGGUCCCGGCUCCAUCUGCAAGGCCAAGGGCCACAGCUCAGCCAUCGUUAGUGACACCCUUCACAGCCUUCCACCUCAGCCCUUCUCAGGGCUCACAGGCACAGUCUACAGGCGACUACAGGGUACCUGGGCCCCAGGAAACUCUGCCUCUGCAUUUUGGCCCUGGAGUAAGGCCUGCUUCAUCUCAGCCUCAGCUGUUAGGAGGACAAAAUGCUCAGGCUGCAAACCCGGUUGGAUUCUCUGGAACAUGGCCUCUUUCUGGUCCCCCUCCACUCAUGGCAUCCCCAGACAUCAUGCAGCCUGGCUCUAACCCCCUGCCUGAGACUCCUAGACUAUUCCCUCGGCCUCCAAUGGGACCACUAGGUCCCAGCCCUCUGAGUUCCCUGCCCUCAGCCUCUCCUGUCAGUUUUCCUGUGGCUUACCCUCCUGGAGGGCCAGGGGCUCUGUGCUCCAGUAGCCUCCUGAGCACCGGCAUCUUGACUCCUCGUCCAGGUCAGUCUUCUUUCCAUGCUCCUUCUGGGGGAGGGGUCAUUGCCUCCUCUCUCCCCAUCCCACCACUACUUUGUGAGUCUUUUCUUCUAAGCCCUUUGUCAGCUAGGAGUAUGACUGAUCUACAGAGGGAGGUAUGGCAGACUCUAACUAAAAUAAUUUUUCCAGCUUUUAGAGUAACAUCUCCAAGGUCCUUGACCAUGUCCCUAAAAUCCCCCAUGUCUUGCUCUUUAGGAUCCCAGGAUGCCUGGCAAGUUGCUCCAGCUACCCAGGAAAACCUCCCGAGGAAAAAGUUGCCAGAGACAAUUAUGCCUCCAGCACUGACUACAGUUCCAGCUAUGUGCCUUGGCCCUGAGCCACCACCACAGGCCCUGCUGCCUCAGCCCCAGGUCUCCAGUGCGAGCUGGUCUCCUCCCGGAGCCCCAAGAGAAGGCAGCCUGCAGGUGACAAGAACACAACUGCCUCCUGAGAGGAAGGUGCUGCCCGCAGAACACCAGUGCCUGAAGGACAGCUUUGAGGCGCUUAUUCAGCGCUGUUCCCUGUCUGCCACUGACCUGAAAACAAAAAGGAAGCUGGAUGAGGCAACCCAGCGUCUAGAAUGUCUAUAUGAAAAGCUCUGUGAGGGGACACUCUCACCGCACGUCCUGGCUGGGCUCCAUGAAGUUGCGCGAUGUGUGGAUGCAGGCAGCUUUGGUCAGGGGCUUGCAGUACAUGCCCAGGUGGCGGGCUGCAGCAGCUUCAGCGAGGUGUCCAGCUUCAUGCCUGUCCUGAAGGCCGUCCUCACCAUCGCACACAAGCUGCAGGCCUAAGCCUGGCAGCGGAAAGGGGGAGUUUUUCAACAGAUUGCUUAUUUCUCCCAGUCUUCUCCCCUUGCUGCCAGUCUGAGGAUUGCCUCUAUGGGAGCCAACAUAAAUAUUUCUCCUCCAGGAAUGUGGGUUAAUUAAAAGGAAACGAAUGACUGGAAGCAUCCAAUCCAGACCGACAAUAGGCGAGUGCCCCGGCUGCCCUCCCCUCCCACCACCCGCGCUACCAGCGUGCCAAGGACGACCUUUCUCUCUCUGCACUGACCUGCUCCUAAGGCCAAGUGAGGCUGGGACUCUUUUAAAGAAAAGAAAGCCCUGCUUAUGUGUGGGUUCACAGGCCAGGGACAGGAAGGAGCCCGUGUUUUGCUCCCCCCACCCAGUGUUCUCAUCACUUCUCGGGACCUCCCUCUCACUUCUGUCCUCACAUGGAGACAGAUGGGCUCCUUGGGAGCACACGAGAGGAAGGAAGGGGUCUGGGUGGCUGUGCCACCCCACACUAACUUACAAGCCUGUCGGGUUUCUCAACACGGGUUUAAAUGUGUAGGUUUGACUAGCUGACCUCAGAGUACCCAGUCUUCCCAGUCAGCACUUCUAGAGUUGUCUGCACAGCUGUGGUGUUUUAGUGUAAGCUAAGAAGCCGGGAACGCAGGGAUGCUGAUGUGUUUGUUAGCGUCUCCACUGCAGUAUUCAUGGCAUGAACAGUGCGUGAAGCAUAAUGCCUUGCGGGGGCGGGCACAGUAUCUCCUUUAUAGAACUGGAAUGAACUGGGUGUCAGUCAUACUCAUUUAGGGAUACAAAGCAACCUAGGAAAGAAAUGGUACCCGAUGUUUCAGAGUCUGACUUUAAGGUUCUGAACUCUGAAGCACAGUGCUUUUGCUUUGCACUAAGAGCCUGGAAAAGACAGUUUUGCUUCCCAACAUAGGACCUUUGUACUUUCAGCUACGCACACUAUCAAGUAACUGCCAGUGGGUGAGGCAGUGGGAUUAACACACACUGUUGCUUGGUUAGGGAAGAGAAGGGAUCCUUUGGGAGACUAAGAAGGCACAGGUGAGAACUGAGGGAGGAACACAGAAACACAGAGCCUUUUACUGAUGGAGCUGGAAGUGCAGUGCCCAGAGAAGUGUAUCUCCUGCUAAAGAGAAAGAACAGCCCCAGUUAAGUGCUGAUGGGACCAGAAGAGGCAUAGAGGUCUGACUUGGCCAGUGUCAGAGGCAGGCAGGCUACUCUGCCAGGGCAGCCCCGCGGGCUCUGGCGUUCCUUGUGAGCUCUGUACUUCCUUUAGGAGAAGGGGGAUGAAGUAAAGAAUUUGGCCGGCUCUGCUCCAGAAGUGCUGUGGAUGCCCACACCCAGGAGGAGCCUAGGGUGCGAGCAGCUACGGGAGGGUCUGGGCUGAACUGGCUCCUCUGUUGCCAGAUGCCCACUUCAUAAACAAGUCCCUGCUGGACUGCCCAUCUCCCAGCAAGGAACCCAGGCUCAGCAGCAGCAAGCUCUUGGCUUCCAGGUGAAUGCGUUAGUGGAAGAUUUAUGUGGGUGAUUUACUAAUCCUGCAGAUUAACCCCAGUCAAAUCAAGCUAACUACUUAGUUCAUCAGGGGAGGCUACAAGGGGAUGGUACCCUGCCAAGUGGGAGGGAAGAGAGAGCUUGAGGUUAAGUUUCCAGGCUGCCUUCCCCUCGACAUCCCAGUGAGUUCAGGAUGGGGGUGUCAGAGACUGAAUAAAUUAAAAGUCAAGGUCUGAACAUCCUAUUAGCAACAGUUUCAUAGCAGGGGGAUUACUUAUGGGGGAAAGUAUCCAGUGUUCUGAGUCCUGCCUAUUUGAGAAGCAGGUGUAGGGGUGGGGCUUCUCCUUCCUAGGCCCUGACUUCAGGGGUACAGAUCCAAACAUUGUCUCGAUUUACCCGUCUUGGCUCAGAGAGCCAAUGCCCCUUUGGAGGAGACAAGGUAUAGACAGCUGCUGUGCUCCAGGGAAUGAUUGCCAGCCUGCCCACCCCCGACCUCUGCCUCUGCUAGACCUCUUGGAUGUGUCUGAAGUAUCUUUGGUGUUUAGGAAGGUCAAUGCUCAGCUAAUGAAGUCUGUCAGUGGCAUGGUGUUAGUGCAGGUCAGAUGCUGUGCACGUUGCUUUCUGGGGUUCCCUCUUCCCCCAUAUUCAAAGGCUUUCUCGGUCCCAGUUCUUUUGUUUGUUUGUUUGUUUGUUUGUUUUUCCAGGACAAGUAGGGAAAUGAGCAGACAAAGUGUUAGAUUCCUGAUGAGUCAACAUCAGGGGAUCUAGGUCUAGACUGUAGACCCUGGAGGCUCGGGCUCCCAGGAGGAUGGUGCAGCUGUCUUUACCUGGACUCUGCGUGUCUGAGAGGGUUCUUUCCUCAGCCUGAAAAGCUAGGUCCAGCAGUAAGACAGCUGGGGUCCGGGGUAGGAUAGGGUGAGGUGAGGGGAAUCGCCUGAUUUCAUCCUUUUCUCUGGAACAAUUGUGUAGAAUUUUAGGACAAUUUGAGAACUAAGAGUGAGCUACGAAGACCAUGCAGAGGAAUCCGGGAAACAGUUCCGAAAGUGGCACUCGGUGUAGAGACUGCUACCUCCCAGUCAGGAUCGCUGGGCUAGGGAGUGCGAGGUCCUCAUUCUGGGUCCCUCUAUUUCCUCGAAACGAAGCCCAGGACGAACUGGGAAGGAGGUAGGAGACCCUUAGGGUUACUUCCCAGGCUUGUGCGCAGCGCCUCUCGGUGGCCGCUCGGCACGGCUGCAGAAGUACUUGGUGACCCGCCGGCGGCACUGCUCGCAGCGGACCGCGCAGCACCAGUGGAACUUGCAGUUGCAGCUAGACACUGUCUCGGUGCGGCGCUCCUCCACCGCCAGCCCGCAAUCCCCGCACAGCCUGCGGCAGCUGCGGCGCUCCCAGCGGCCCAGGGCGCGCCCACGCCGCAGGCACUCUCGGCCCUCGGUGCCUAGCAAGCCCAGGGUCUUGUUCUCCAGGCAGUAGUCUGGGGAGUCCUCCAGGUGCACCAGCUCGCGCGUGGAGAUGGAGCGGAAGGUGUCGGCGAUGGCGCCGCGGCCCGCCGCGCUGUUGCCCGCGCCCUGCAGCAGGUCCACCUUGAGCGCUGCGUGAUACUUCUCCUUCAGGUGUGCACCUACCUCCCGGAACUCAGGCAGCUGCAACCAGCAGGUCUGCGUGGUGCAGCUGCCAGACACCCCGUGGCACUUACACGUGCGUUUCAUGGUGCCCUUGACCGCCUGAGGAGAGAGCUGCGCGUAAGGAGGAGUUGCCAGGGCCUAUAGGGACUGACCAGCCGAUUGGGUAGUCUGUUAAAGAACUCUGAAGGGGUUAGAGCUGGUAGUGGCUGGAGUCAGCUUUCUGGCAAAGGGCUGCAAGGAACUCACCUUGCGGCCAGCCUCAUUGUUGUGCAGAUUCAUGGCUGCCCGGGCAUCCUGUCCUGUCUCCAGAGCAUCCACAAACUGCUUGGAAAUUGCCUCUCCGAAGCCCACGUUGUCACUGCAGCCUCCCCAGAGCCAGCCUUGGCCUCCUGAGAAGGCAGGAGCAGGAAAAGCCAUUGAGUCAAAAACUUCCUGGACUCAUGUUUGUGAUUGGAUGGGGUAGAUGGGAGGGUGGAGGAGAGUUUGGGAUGGGAAAGGGUUCAGGCUGGGUCAGGACUCUUUCUGGAUUGGUUCCCAUCUUAAUUUGCUUUUGCCACCUUUUCUGUCCUCUUUCAGCCAGAGCCAAUCCCCUGCUCAGGCCUUCAUGACAUAACUGACUGUCACGUGGACUCUGCCUGCUUGCUCCUCUAUAGAAGGGUGCACGUGUCUGGCGGGCAGAUGGUUGAAGUUGGGAAGGGACAAGAGUUCGGCCUUUGAGCUGACAGAGGAGUUGAGUGAUAGGGCUUAGAGGGUGGGGAAGCGCUGGGAGAGUGUGGGACGAGGGACAAGCACAGGACAAGGCAGCAGGAAAGGAAGUCCCCCUGGAAGGGAUGAAUGAUUGAGUCUGCAUGCCAGUCCGUUAUUAUUGUGUUUAAGUUAAGGAAAUUUGGGGAGGAGAACAGGACCUUAAACUCUAUUCGGGCAGGGUUGUCACUGUAGUGUGUGGGCUGGAACAGGGUUGUCACUGUAGUGUGUGUGAGUUGGAACAGGGUUGUCACUGCAGUGUGUGGGCUGGCACUGGGUCACCCCACUUCAGCAUUAUUUCCCUCAUGUUUGGAAGAACCCAGUUUUAUUCCUCCAAGUUCCCACCAUGCUUUUGCUAUGGAAGUGAACUUCCCGCCUGCCUGCCUGCCUGAGCUCCUCAUUCCCGCAUUUCUACUCACCCAGUUGUCCGUUUCGGGAGUCAUCACAACCACAGUUGUCAAAGUCUCCAAGGCUGCAGUUUCUGGUCAGGGUAUACAUGACUCCAGCAGAACUGAUGGCAUGUACAAACGCUGUCUCCCGGUUAGCUGGGGGAGCCGAAGGGUUAGGAGAGGCUGCAGCCCAAAGGGAUGCUAAUGCUGCUUUCCCCUAAUGCCUUCAUCACACACACCCUUCCGCUCUGUCCUGUUUCUGUUACCCCCUUAGGGUCCCGUUCCCAGCCCUAGCCUCCUUCCCUCCCCCCUUUUCAAGUGACACAUUUUGUGAGUGGUUGACUAGACUUCUGAUGACAUGCUCAUAAAAGAUUUAGGUAGGAAAGAACCUGUGGAGAUGACUCUGAAGGCAAAGACCCCACCUCAUGUACUCCUGGAAAUUCUAAAAAAGCAUGCUGUCAGUUUUAAAAAGCUCCUCCAAUGGACUGCCUUCUCACUAUUGUUUAUCUUCUCUAUGGCAACUGGUCUCCAAGAGUCUCCAGGCUCAGCACCUCUCUCUAAGCUGCUGAAAGGAGAGACUAAGCAGUAUGAAGAUUUAUGACCCUAACCUACCUCUUGGUAUUGCUUGGAUUGUGACAAAGCCUUUGGCCAACUGGGCAGCCAAGGGCAGCCCAGGACCGGAGAUGGUAAAGAGAAGAUCUUAGAAGAGAGUGAUGUCCUGAGCAAAGAGGCUGGGUGAAAUUAAAGAUGUAGAGGAGGAGGGGGCCCAAACUGUGACCAGGGGUUCCUGGAGCAGAGGUCAGGGCUUUCCUUACCACUGCGAAGUCCACCAUGGCUGGACAGCUGCAGAGCUCUCUCGGGACAAUUCCAGCGGUCCCAAGCAAACUGGUACUUACAUUCUUCAAUACCACUCUGGGCACCAGCUGCCACACUGCUAGAGUAGACGAGGUAAGCCUACAGGAAUAUGGGCUCAAAAUUUAGCCUCAACUUAGCAGCCAUUUGCCCCAAGCAACUCUCUUACACUCUAUCCUCCCAACUUUCUAAAAUGUGGCGUGAGAAAGCAGUCUAAAUAUGCUAUCUCAUUUAACGGUGCCAGUGUCCCUGUGGGUAGGGACCAUUGUGUAGGUCAAGAAACCUUUGCCCAGAGCCUCACAGUCAGCAGAAAGCAAAAGGGGAGUGGAAUCUGGUUUCUACCAAACCCUGGUUCCCACCAGUCUACUCAUUACACUAAAUAAUUUCUCCAAAAUGAGCCCCAUUCACACAGUUAAUUAAUUAAUUAAUAGUAGUCUACACUACUUGAGACUCUGUAUCAAACUAACAAAACAAGCAAACAAAAGCCCUAUAGCCUUACUAAUCAUAUACAAGGCCACUGGGUCAAGCCUUAACAUUGUAACAGUAAAAAUCCUUGCAAUAACAACAAAAAUCACCAAGUAUUAAAGAAAAUCCAAACUGUCAUAUCCACACCAUGGAAUACCACUCAGCAAUAGAAAGAACAAACUAUUAAUAAGUAUUAUGUGCUUGUACUUCACUACCAGCUAAGGAUGGUAUUUUUGGGAACACCUUCCCUGUAGAAGCCAUGUAGUGCAGUUCCUGAACGUUAAAGGGGACACUGCACCUGUCAAAGAUGGUCACUUUUCUGGCUCUGGAGAUUCCAUCCAUAAAUUUAGUAAUGAUACACCCAAGUUUUCAUCUGAACUCUGAGAGUUUGCUGCGUGGCUUUGGGCAAGUCCCCAUUUGUGCUAUUUAACAGCAUAAUAAGAGUUGUAGAUAUAAUGAAAUCACCAUGUGUUAUCUUCAGCCAACAAGUUAAAACUAGUGACAUCUGAGUCCAUUGAAGACUUUCUCCUUACCUUUGGGCCGGUCAUCAGGAAGUUGUUCACUGACCUAGAAGAAAGAGAAAACAGAGCACAGUGGAGAGACAGCAGUUUGUUUCUGCUUCUAAGAGUCACAGAGAUCAUUUCCACAAUAUCAUUGAGAGAAGGAAAGGGAAAUUAGCUUUCAUAAGAGAUGCUACACCUUGUCACAAGGCUAUAAAAGUGACCUGCUCAGGACCAGCAAGAUGGCUCAGCAGAUGAACGUACCUGCUGCCAAGCCUGGCAAUUUGAGUUCCAUCCUGGGAACCUACAUGGUAGACAGGAACCAGCCUGUGCUAUAGCAUGUAUGCUGACUCCAACACGUGCGCCCAGAAUAAAUAAAUUUUAAAAUAA